AUGUUUAUCAGCAAAUUAGUCGCUCCAAUUGCGACCGUUCUCCUAUGUCUAGGAGGAGCGAACGUUGUUGAAGCCAUCACGGCUUCUGCAUUCGCAGCUGUCCAAUUCGACUAUAUUAUCGUUGGUGGUGGUACUGCUGGUCUCGUUGUUGCCGGCAGACUCAGUGCUAAUCCCCACAUCAAAGUCGGUGUCCUCGAGGCCGGUACGAGUGGUCUCGAUGACCCGAUUAUCUACACACCAGGAAAGGUGGGAUGGGCUGUGGGUACCAAUUAUGACUGGAGCUUCAUGACGGAGCCUCAGACCGAGCUGGGCAAUCGACCGUUGUUUUACUCGAGAGGUAAAGCGCUGGGUGGCAGCAGUGCUAUCAACUUUUUUGUCUGGAUGAGAGGAAACAAGCCAGAUUAUGAUGCCUGGGCCAGUCUUGGGAAUCCUGGGUGGGAUUUCAACAGCUUGAUUCCAUACUUCAAGAAACCCGAAACUUUCAAUGCGCCCAGUCCAGCCGAUGAAUUAGCCUUCAAGCUAGAUUAUAAUGCUGCCGACCAUGGUACCACCGGCCCAAUCAAUACAUGCUUCUCCAACCAGUACGGUGGCACUCACCAAUUCUGGCAUCAAACCCUCAACAAUCUCGGAAUCCCAAGUCGUGAUAGCUUCAAUGGAUCGAACUGGGGUGUUUGGACCGGCUUGACAAAUGUGAACCCAAUCAAUCGUACUAGAAGCUACUCGGCCUCGCAAUACUAUCGUCCUCACGCUGCUAGACCCAAUCUUCACGUCCUCACCGAAGCCAUGGUGCAAAAGGUUAUCAUUCAGACCGUUGGAGGUCACAAGACAGCAACUGGUGUGAUUUUCACCCACGGUGGAGCCAGUUAUACCGUCAAUGCUGCAUCUGAGGUUAUUCUUUCGGCUGGAACUAUCCAAUCUCCACAGCUUUUGGAACUCUCUGGUGUUGGAAACCCAACUUACCUCACGCCUGCCGGUGUUACGGUUCUUGUCAACAGCCCUCACGUUGGAGAGAACUUGCAGGAUCGUAUCAUGAACGUUCUACUUUACGAACUCGACCCGUUGGUUGAAAACCAAGGCCCGCUCAAAGACCCCGUUGAACUGGCCGACGCUGAAGACGAAUACUAUACCAAUCACACUGGUCUCCUCACCGUUCUUCCCAAUGAUUUUGCCUAUCUCCCACUAAACAAAGUCAUGAACGAAUCCUAUGUCAACCAUCUCCGAAGCCUUGUCUCUGGUACCGACGACCGAACUCUCAGCAUCAAAUCCAAGCUCGACUUCAAUAAAUUCCUUGGCAAUCUAGAAUACGUCUUCGAUCCUAACAUCCUAUUCGCUGUUGGCAACCCAGACCCUCUUAAGAAAUAUGGCACAGUCUUCCAAAUGUUGCAAUACCCCUUCUCUACCGGUCACAUCCAUAUCCAGCCACCUCCAGUCGGUGUACCAUUGUCUGCUGACCAACAUCCUGUCAUUAAUCCACGGUACUUCGAAGGUAAUGGUGUUGUCGAUAUGCUCACAUUGGCAGAAGGUCUUAAAUUCGCCGACAGUAUCGCCCGCCAAGGUCCUCUGAACGCUGCCAUCGUCAAGCGUGAAGUUCCUCCAGAGCCAGCCCCGGGUACCGAGACCGAUUGGCUUCAAUUCGUCAAGGACAACACCGUCUCCGAUUGGCAUCCAGUUGGUACCUGUGCCAUGAGCGGCCACGGUAUCCACAAGGGUGUCGUUGAUGAGAAACUCAGAGUUCACGGUGUUAAGAGACUUAGAGUCGUAGACGCCAGUAUCAUCCCAGUACAGAUCAGCUCCCAUCUCCAAGGAACCGUUUACGCCAUCGCAGAGAAAGGUGCAGAUAUGAUUCUACAGGACUUUGAAUGCAAGAGGCGACGUAGACGCGGCCGCCGGUAA